AUGGGAGUCGAGUAUUUUGUUAACCCACAAACGGGUAGUGUAAAUCCAGUGAAUGGCAAAAAAGGGACAAAUGGGCGAAAACCAACAAUCCAUACAAAAAAGCUGAAAGCUGGCAUGACAAAAAAUUUAGCACUACCAUCAUCUGUUGAUUUGAGACAGUAUAUGACGCCUGUGGAAGAACAGGGAACCAAAAUGAAUAGUUGUGUUGCUAAUGCGCUUGCAGGUGCUGUCGAAUAUUUGAUGUUACGAGAAAGUGGUGUGCAUAUUGAUGUUAGUCGUUUGUUUAUAUUUUAUAAUUCUCGUAUUAUCGAAGAAAAAACUCGUCAUAUCGACAACACUGGUGUUACUAUCGAGAGCGGAAUUAAGGCGAUACAAAAAUUUGGUGUUUGUCGAGAAUCUACAUGGCCUUACGAUCCUCGUCUGGUCAAUCAAGAACCGUCUCAAAAAGCAUUUGAUGAAGCUAGACGAAUUACCAUUGAACCAUUGCAAGUACAGAUGGAUUUGGAUACGAUGAGAGAAUGUUUAGCCAUGGGCUAUCCGUUUUGUUUUGGAUUGAAAUUAUUUUCAUCGUUUCAAACCGUAGAAUUGAAUCAAGGUUACAUACCAAUGCCGGAAGUAACAGAGAGAUUGUUAAAUAAAAAAGGCUAUCAUGCUGUGUUGGCUGUCGGCUAUGAUGACGAAGAACAACAUUUCAUUAUAAGAAAUUCAUGGGGAAGAAAAUGGGGUGAUCAGGGCUAUGGUUAUAUCCCUUAUAGUUAUAUGACUAACUUUCAAUUAGUUGAUCCCACCGAUGUGUUUGCCAUCACUCAAGUGACACAGCGACCAUUACACGAGAGACCAUGGCCAAAAACAAAUCGACACCAGCCACUAUAUCCAGCCCAUCGAUUUUACCCAGUUCAACGAUAUCCUGUUCAUGCAAUGUUUCCAAUUUUUCCACGUGUCGGUUUCCCCAUAUUACCAUACAGGAUUUGA